AUGGCGACAGAUAACCCGUUCGUCCAGCCGGCAAUUCCUAAAUUUGAUGGCCAUUAUGAUCAUUGGGCAAUGCUUAUGGAAAACUUCUUGCGGUCAAAGGAGUACUGGAACUUGGUAGAGAAUGGCAUACCUAUGGUGGCAACAGGGGUGGUUCUCACAGAUACAGAGAAGAAGCACUAUGAAGAUCAAAAGUUGAAAGACUUGAAAGCUAAGAACUAUUUGUUUCAGGCAUUAGAUCGCUCAAUUCUAGAGACAAUCCUUACAAAAGAUACAUCAAAGGAUAUAUGGGACUCUAUGAAGCAAAAAUAUCAGGGAACCACUCGAGUUAAACGUGCUCAUCUUCAAGCAUUGCGAAAGGAGUUAGAAACAUUGCACAUGAAAACAGGUGAGACUGUGAAUGAGUACUUUGCUCGGGUACUUUCCAUAGCUAACAAGAUGAAAGCUAAUGGAGAAGAUAAGGGAGAUGUUGCUGUUGUUGAAAAGAUUCUGAGAUCAAUGACUUCCAAGUUUGAUUACAUUGUCUGUUCUAUCGAGGAGUCUAAAGAUAUAAGUACAUUGACUAUUGAUGAAUUGCAAAGUAGUUUGCUUGUGCAUGAACAACGCAUGAGCUCCAAUGAUGAAGAAGAGCAUGCUUUGAAGAUUUCUUAUGGAGGAAGAAGACAAGGACGUGGUAGAGGCGAGAGGGACGUGAUACGAGCAGAGGAGGUUUCAACAAAGCUAUGGUGGAGUGCUAUAAUCGUCACAAGCUUGGACAUUUUUCAAUGGGAAUGUUCAAGCAAGGAGAAAAGAGGCUAA